AUGGCUGAGGAAUUGAGCAAGAACUUUGAGACUCUCCAGCUCCAUGCGGGCCAGGAGCCAGACCCAACGACCAACUCGCGCGCUGUUCCCAUCUACGCGACAACGAGCUUCACCUUCAAUGACUCGGCCCACGGCGCGAGGCUCUUCGGCCUCAAGGAGUUCGGCAACAUCUACAGCCGUAUCAUGAACCCCACCGUCGACGUCUUCGAGAAGCGCAUCGCGGCCCUCGAAGGCGGCGUCGCCGCCCUCGCCACCUCCUCCGGCCAGGCCGCCCAGUUCAUCGCCAUCAACGCCCUCGCCCACGCCGGCGACAACAUCGUCUCCACCUCCCUCCUCUACGGCGGCACCUACAACCAGUUCAAGGUCUUCCUCCCCCGCCUCGGCAUCCACACAAAGUUCGUCGACGGCGACCGCGUCGAGGACAUCGCCGCCGCCAUCGACGACAAGACCAAGGCCGUCUACGUCGAGUCCAUCGGCAACCCCAAGUACAACGUCCCCGACCUCGAGGCCAUCGCCAAGGUCGCCCACGAGAAGGGCGUCCCCGUCGUGGUCGACAACACCUUCGGCGCGGGCGGCUACUUCGUCCGCCCCAUCGACCACGGCGCCGACAUCGUCGUCCACUCCGCCACCAAGUGGAUCGGCGGCCACGGCACCACCAUCGGCGGCGUCAUCGUCGACUCGGGCAAGUUCAAGUGGGACAACGGCCGCUUCCCCAACAUGACGGAGCCCUCGGACGGCUACCACGGCCUCCGCUUCUGGGACACCUUCGGCCCCAUCACCUUCAUCAUCCGCGCCCGCGUCGAGAUCCUCCGCGACCUCGGCGCCUCCCUCAACCCCUUCGCCGCCCAGCAGCUCCUCAUCGGCAUCGAGACCCUCUCCCUGCGCGCCGAGCGCCACGCCCAGAACGCCCUCGCCCUCGCCAAGUGGCUCGAGGCCAGCGACUACGUCAGCUGGGUCUCCUACCCGGGCCUCGAGAGCCACCCCUACCACGAGACGGCCAAGAAGUACCUCAAGCGCGGCUUCGGCGGCGUCCUCAGCUUCGGCGUCAAGGGCGGCGGCAACGCCGGAAGCCAGGUCGUCGACGGCUUCAAGCUCAUCUCCAACCUUGCCAACGUUGGCGACUCCAAGACCCUGGCCAUCCACCCCUGGACCACCACUCACGAGCAGCUCUCCGACGAGGAGAAGACGAGCUCCGGCGUCAGCGAGGACCUCAUCCGCAUCUCCGUCGGCACGGAGCACAUCGACGACAUCAUCGCCGACUUUGAGCAGUCAUUCAAGAACGCCGCCGCCGCCACGACGGAGGGCAAGCCCGCCAGCGCCGCGGAGACCAAGAAGGACGACGCGCCGCUGGCGCCGUAG